UUCUUCCUACUUCCGCCGUCGACUCUACCACCGUCACCAGACCAGCACCCUGACGCCCAGCCGGUCUCGGCUCGCUCGCGGUCAAUCCAUGCCGACCUUUACCCGCCUCGCGUUGGCACUCCUGGUGCUGGCCACAACAUGCUGUGCCCAGAACCUCUCCAACUUCUACCCCAUCGACGAUGAGUUUUCCAACGUGGAAGGGAUUUGGACCGUCAAGGCCGGCCAACCCACAACGCUCCGCGUCUUUGGCGCCAACCUGAAUGAUAACACGGUUGUUACCCUCACCACAUCCACAGAGAAUUGCAAUCUCCGUGAUGUCGAGGCCACCGUUGUCAGCACCAAUGCCGCUGGCACAGAGCAGUACAUUUCGGUCCAGAUUGAUGAGGUCAUCGAGGCGUUGUACUUCUGCUUCGACGAUACCCUUCAGGGCACCGAUCCUGCUGUGACCAUUGCGAGUGAACCCGCGCCAUCCGGCGGCGAACUGAUCCCUCUCUGGCUCAACGUCCUCCUCAUCCUGGUUCUCCUCUGCCUCUCUGGCCUUUUCUCCGGCCUCAACCUUGGCCUCAUGUCCCUGGAUCCCCAGGAAUUGGCCAUCGUCGCCGAGUCUGGCGAGGAACAUGAACGCCGCUACGCCAAAACCAUCCUGCCCUUGCGUCGACGAGGCAACCUCUUGCUCUGCACCAUCCUCCUCGGCAACGUCCUCGUCAACUCCACCCUCACCAUUCUGAUGGACUCAAUUGCGGGCGGAGUGGGUGCUGUGCUUGGCUCAACCGCGGCCAUUGUCAUUUUUGGUGAAAUCACCCCGCAGUCCAUCUGCAGUCGCCAUGGCUUGGCUGUUGGCGCCAAAACCAUCUGGCUCACCAAAUUCUUCAUGGUCCUCACUUUUGUCAUCUCCUACCCCAUCAGCGCCGUGCUUGAUUACGUCCUCGGCGAGGAAGCCGGCGCUGUCUAUCAGCGCAAGCAACUGCUUCAGCUCUUGCGCAUGCAGGACCCAUACAAUGACUUGGAGCGCGAUGAGGUGGACAUUAUCACGGGCGCCCUGACCUUCAAGGAAAAGACGGCCAGUAUGGUCAUGACCAAGUUUGGGGAUGUGUUCAUGCUACCUCUCAAUUCGAUUCUGGACUUUAAGACUGUGUCCAAGGUCAUGGAAUCCGGGCACAGCCGCAUUCCUGUGUAUCAAGGCAAACGCGACAAUGUCGUCGGCCUGCUGCACGUGAAGGAUCUGGCUUUCAUCGACCCCGAUGACCGCACGCCAUUGGAGAGCGUCAUCAAGUAUUACAAUCACAGCAUCGUUGAAGUCUACUCGCACACCCAUCUUGACAAGCUUUUGGAUAUUUUCAAGCAAGGUCGCACCCACAUGGUCCUGGUCGUGCACAUUGACACGGAUAGCGACACGGAUCCCGUCAAGGAGGUGGUGGGCAUUGCUACCCUUGAGGAUGUGAUUGAAGAAAUCAUUCAAGCUGAGAUUAUCGACGAGACGGAUCGCUUCGUCGACAACGUCACCAAAACCACGGUGGAACGCGAAACCUCUGACGCCAAGGAGCCUCCCAAGGCCUUUGCGCUCGAGCACGAUGAACUGCACCUUUCGGAACAGAUGUCGCUGGCUGCAUAUACCUUCCUCUCGACCGUUGUGGAUGAAUUUGCCUCCAAUCACCUGCUCCCGAAUGUGUUGCGCAAGUUGAUCUCCCACCCUGCUUGCUUGCGCGAGAUCAAUCGGGCUCCGAGCGACAGCAGCUCGGACGCACCUGAGGACGUCUACUUGUAUCAUCGUGGCCAGCCUACAGGCGUCUUUACCAUGGUUCUCGAGGGCCGUGUCAAGGUUACUGUGGGCCGUGACAAUUUUGUUUUCGAGGCGGGUCCUUUCAACACCAUUGCGACUGGCUGUUUGAGCAAUCCCAACUGGGAGCCAGACUUUGAUGCUGUCGUCAAUAGUGACCAUGUCCUACUCUUGCAAAUUCCGCGAAGCCUCUACGUGGAGGCUGUCAGCACCAGCCGUCGCAUCGUGAUGCAGGGCUACGGCUCGUCAUCCCCUCGCUUGGGUGCGACUCCGCGCGGCCUGGCCGCCGAGAGUGCUCUUGACCGCGGCUCGCGUGCACCUUCUCCAACCACAACGGAUGUGACAGUGAAUAUUAGUGACGUGGACAGCGUGGCUCCUCCGCCAAUGCAACCGCGGGCCAGCGGCUACGAGCUGGGGUCUGACAAUCGUCCCCUGAUUGAUCAAGACGAGGCUGAGGCCGAAGAGCGCAAUGCCGGAACCGGUGGGGAUGACGGCCAUUCCUCCGUCGUGUAGGCUCAGAGAGCCCAUUAGGCAGUAGGCAUUGAGUCUGCCGAUGCCGCUGAGUCAUUUUCGCUUGGCGGCGCGAGCCAACGUUUUACGCGCCCAAGGGCAACACAUUGAAUUGAACCUCUUAGAGUUU